AUGCCCCCUUUAGGCGGCGGCGGCUUCUUCCCCGUCAUCCCCGGCACGACCAUCUACGGCCCCGUCCGACCUCCACGCAGACCGACACAUCCCAUCUCAGCAAGAGAUAGAGAUAUCCCCCUGCCAGAGACGUGGCCUUAUCCGCCAUCCUCACGCCAGAGGCCGCUCAACUUCCCGGCCCCACCUCUGGGGAGGACGCACCAUAGACAGACCAUCAAGUUCACGCCGUGGAUUCUGAACCUGUCGUCCCGGGCGCAUAAGUGCGUGGAUCGGAAUCUUUUCAGGGAGCCAAGGCCAGGAGCCGCAGGAAGCGGAGGUUCUGGCACCGUCGUCCUGCCCAUCCUGCCUGGUCCGAAGCGGAGGUGCCCCUUCUUUGAUGUGACUGUCAUGACGCUGUCCAACGUCGAGUAUACGCCGCAGGCGGAGUACUCGGAGUUGAGCUGGCCUUUGCUCCAGCAGCAGGGGUUUACCCGCCAUGUGCUUCACAAUGACCACACCCACGACGUGACGUACAGGACGGGUCGCGCGAACGCGCGACAAUACCGUGAUGGAGCGGACAUAGAGGAUGUCAUGACAUUAGUAUUGAGGCCAGGAUCGGGGCCGGGGUCUCGACGUGGAGUAGUCCCACGCCCAGGACGUAACAUUCAUGGCGGCCCUCGUUUUCGUACGGAGAGGCACGCGCCCUCGGAGCGAUGCGGUCGUCUCGACAAGGAGGACAGCGUGAUUCGCCAUGUUGCUUUGCCUGGCGUGGAUCUGCUGUGGUGCGGGUACGAUUCGUUCAUGAACCCCGGGGUGAUUUCCGUGCAAAUGACUGGGGUGGCGAUGGUGGAUUUACGGGCCUGGAGUUGGGGCGUGGAAGCUGGGAUUGUAGGUAGGGGCGCUGGGUUUCGGGGUGAUCCGAGCGGCGGGAUGGGGGUGGUCGUUGGGUGGGUAGCGCGGUAUGCUGGUGAAGGACCACAUGAGGAGCCGGAGCAUGGAGAUGCGGAGGAUUUGUUCCGCAGGAUCGUGCAGGGGGGAUUGCUCGCGGGGGAGGAUCUGGUUAGGGAGAUGGGCGUGGAUGAGGGAGGGAGGACCGCAGUGAGCGAGAGAGGAAGUCAGAGGGGAACAGGGAGGGUGAGAGAAGCGGGAAGACAAAGACUGAGGUGA